GCGCGGGUCGCUGCGCAGGGAGGAUUUCAGGUGGGGUAGGGGGGCCGGGUGGGUCUAAAUAGUGCCCGACCUGCGCUCCCAAACCCCGGGGCCUGGGGGCCCGCCCCUGAGUGGCGCGUGGCGGGGAGCUGUCCUCCUUAGAGCGGUGGCCGGGCCGGCGGCGACUUGUGGUAGAGCCCCGGGAAGAGGUAGCGGCCUCCACGAAGCCAAGCCGUCCGAGGUAACCUAGAAGUGGCUUCCGCUUCGGCGCCGGCUCCGGAGCCCCCGAGAGACGCCAGCCGCUGCUCGGGGCCGCUGCACAGCGGCCGGUGGUGUUUCCGAGCCGGGCGACAGGACUGCCUGGGGCGAGGCCCGCCGUCAGGCUCGUGAGGCCGCUCUCUCCAAAGUUUGUGCGGGCGGCGCCCGGGGCCGCGCGGCGGGAGCCCGCUCGGACACUGCCCGCAGGCACAGUGCUCGCGGGCGCGCUAGGGCGGUCGUGUCCACUUUCCCGCCUCCGCCGGCGUUUCCUUUACUGGCUGAUGUUACUGCGGGAGAAACGGGCGGUCCAGCCUCAGUCAGAUCAGCUUCCUCUGAUGCAAAAGCCUGGGAAGUGUCCCCAGCACCUCAGAGCCAUCGGGGGCCGGCCGUCUGUGAACAUCGUGGCUUCCUGGGCAGAAUUUCGGUGUCCUUUCUGCUGGAUCACCUCAGGGAAAGUGAGCCUCACGAAGCUCUCCUCAGCCUCGCUUAGAGGUCUAAAUGAGCCCUGGAGAAAGGAAGAAGAUCCUUUUAUUGAUUUUGUUCCAGACCAGAGUGGGCCUCAGUUGUCAGAGGUAGUGCUGGAGGUGUGUCCAAUACAGGAGCAGAAUUGUUCCUCAAGAAGAAUGAUGACCAUAGAUCUGAAGGUGGCUGAAUACUUGAACCCUCAGAUCAGGACUCGGUGGGAGACCAAGGGACCUGUGACAGGGAGCUCCAGUCAGCAUAAGAAAUAUGCCCCCCAAACGGACAGUCUCAGUCCUGAGAGGUCUCACCAGCAUUUCCGGAGCUUCCUCUAUCAUGAAGCAGCUGGACCCCGGGAGGCUGUUGACCAGCUUCUGGAAUUAUGCCGUCGGUGGCUGAGGCCAGAGAUUCAUUCAAAAGAGCAGAUCUUGGAACUUGUGGUGCUAGAGCAGUUCCUGUCCAUUCUGCCCAGGGACACCCAGACCUGCAUAAAGAAGCACCAUCUACAGAGCAUCGAGGAGGCUGUGGUCCUGGUAGAACACUUGCAGAGGGAAUCUGGUCAAAUGAGGAAUGGGGUUACAGACCAUGAGCUGGGAAAGGAGGCAGUGCUCUUGGGAGAAACAGCAGAGGCCCUAGGCUUCAAGCUGAAGCCAGCAGAGGCCCAGCAAGUGGGCAUGUCCCAGGAUGAAGAAUUUUGGAAUACACACCAGAGUCUACAAGAGCUGCUGAUCAGGAAUACCCACAAAGAAACUGAGCCCGUAUGUGAGAGGGAAAUGAGCCUAAGAUAUUCAGAAACAGAAGCGAGAGAGAUUUCCUGUGGCUCUCCUUCACCCACAGCAGUGUCUGCUCACCGGAUCCUAGCCUUUCCUGAGCAGACAAACACCAAAGACUGGACAGUGGCACCUGAGCUCAUCUUGCCUGAGUCCCAGAGCUUGUUGACAUUUGAAGAAGUGGCCAUGUAUUUUUCCCAAGAAGAAUGGGAGUUACUGGAUCCUACUCAGAAGGCCCUCUACAAUGAUGUAAUGCAAGAAAACUAUGAGACUGUCAUCUCUCUAGAACUGAGCCUAGGAUGUUCAAAGACAGAAGGGAGAGAAAUUUCCUCUCACUCUUCCACAGCGGUGCCUGCUCACCAGUUCCUGGCCUUUCCUGAGCAGACAAGUGCCAAAGACUGGACAGUGGCACCUGAGCUCGUCUUGCCUGAGUCCCAGAGCUUGUUGACAUUUGAAGAAGUGACCAUGUAUUUUUCCAAGGAAGAAUGGGAGUUACUGGAUCCCACUCAGAAGGCCCUCUACAAUGAUGUAAUGCAAGAAAACUAUGAGACUGUCAUCUCUCUAGCAUUAUUUGUGCUCCCCAAACCUAAAGUGAUCUCCUGUCUAGAGCAAGGGGAAGAGCCGUGGGUUCAAAGAUCCCUGGGGUUCAAGGACAAUUCUGGAGAGCUGCCUACAGCAGGGCUAAAGCUCAAAAAUGACACUGAAAAUCUUCAGCCUCUAUGUCUUUCUGACUUAGAAAUACAAGCACCAGUAGAUAUAGCAUCAAAAAAGGCCAGAUUGAAAGUCCCCCAGAAAACUAUGGGCAAAGAAAAUCAUGGUGAUGUGCAUAGGGUGGGGAAAUGGCAUCGAGAUUUUCCAGUGAAGAAAAAAAAGAAACUUUCAACCUGGAAACAAGAGCUGCUGAAACUUAUGGAUCUUCACAAAAAAGAACGUGCAGGAGAGAAGCCUUUUAAAUGCCAGGAAUGUGGGAAAAGCUUCAGAGUUAGCUCUGACCUUAUUAAGCACCAAAGAAUUCACACUGAAGAGAAACCGUAUAAAUGUCAGCAGUGUGAUAAGAGGUUUAGAUGGAGUUCAGAUCUUAAUAAGCACUUAACAACACACCAAGGAAUAAAACCAUAUAAAUGCUCAUGGUGUGGGAAAAGCUUCAGUCAAAAUACAAAUCUCCACACACACCAAAGAACUCACACUGGAGAGAAGCCCUUUACAUGUCAUGAAUGUGGAAAAAAAUUCAGUCAAAAUUCCCACCUUAUUAAACACCGGAGAACUCACACAGGUGAGCAGCCUUAUACCUGUAGCACAUGCAGGAGAAACUUCAGCAGACGCUCAAGCCUUCUUAGACACCAGAAACUCCACCAGUAAAGGGAAGCUUUUUCAGUGUCCUCAGUCUGAAGAAAUUCACCAAGUGGAGCUUGACCUUAAAGUUAUGAAAAGUACAAAAUUAUGAAGCAUGAAGAAUUUUUCAUCAGUGGAAUUUUUCAUCAGGAAACUUUGGGAAAUAAACAUGUUUCACAGAAGGAAUCAAGGUUGAGUCUGCAGGGAAUGUGUUAGUAGUUGUACUACUUGCUGUUUUUACUAAAAACUUUCAGGGAAUUCCUUAACAGGAGAGGUGUUCUAAGAACAUUCAGAGUAAAGGGGAAAGCUGUUUUGGGAUUGUAUUUGGCAAAAUAACAAAUUCAGCUUCAAAUAGUGGAUGCAGCCAUGAAUUCUUCUGUGGUCACAGAGGUGAAUAUUGUUGGUUUGCAUUGAUUUCCCCAGCCACUCUUAAACAUACAUGUUAGAAACAUUUGUAGCAUGGUCUUCCAAAACAGAAAGCAAUAAUAUGAUGUUUAAUUGCAUACCAUUGUCUUCCAGGUUUACCAAUUUCAAUAAUCUCAUGGGCAGAAAUGAAUUCUAAUGUAAAAUUUUUGAAGAAUCAAAUUGGAUUUUCUUAAUUGUCCUAUCAUCGGGUACUGUUCACAAAUUUGGACAUUGUUUGAGUUCCUUUUUUAACUUUUUAGCAAAUUCAGCUCUUGAAUCCUAUUAGAACAGUUUUUACUGUGAUGAAAUCAUAUUUACUUCACCAAUAGGGAAUCUGCCCAGGUGAACUAAUCACUAUUGUAUGCCUCUCUGGUGGUGGAUGGAAAAGGGAGAGCACCUCUAAGAAGGAGAUAUUAUGGAAACGAGUUGGAAUCUUUAGCCAUGUAAAGAAGAAUUUUCUCGAGUAAAAGAAACUAGACUGUUUACUUAGGUCACAAUAUCAAUAGGAUAAAACAGCCAUGAAAAUGAGCACUUUUCCAAGGUCUAAAUGGAAAUUAAUGGCAAUUCAGGAUCACCUUCUCAGGUUUUUAUCUGUUUGCAUUUUAACUUGGCUUUUGUAUAUCAUUAAGAACAAGGAGAGGGUUAUAUUUGUCUGGGAACUGGAGUGUUUACUGCACCAGGAUCCUGUGGGUCACAGGGCAUGUUACUCUGGGAAUCCAGUGAGCAGGAGACCAGUUCCCAAAAGCAAAGAUUUGGGAGAGGAUGCUGAGUGGUAGGCAAGGACGGACAAAUACACAUCUGUGUUGGUUGACUUACACUGUAACUGUUAAACAGGAAGGGUCAUCCUUCUGUUUUCUCCAUCGUAUCAUGUAACAGCCUUAGUGUACACAUUUGAUAGAUUGCUGAAAACCUCUGUAGGCUGUGGAUUUUCUUGUAGCUCCACCUUUUAUCUACAACAGUGAUGCUGGUGUGUUCCUGAUAGAGCAUCUAGGUGUAAUCAGGAAAGGAGUUAAACAAGGAAAUAAGGCUCGAAAGAGAUCCAGAGGCUUGUUAAGACCCCAUAGCUAGUGGGUCUGUUGGCUGUCACUUAGCUGCAUCAGUCAGGCCUGAGGGCAGGAUUAGUAGGACUCAUCUGUAUGUUGUCCCUGCCCAGCCAGCCUGGAUGACAUUGUAUCGUAUCUAUUUCUAUUUCUAGCUUGUAAAACAUUCCUGUUUCUUGACUGGUUACUGAAACACUCUUAAAUCUCCAGUUUCCAUAUGAAAUAGAGAUAACACUCAACUCAGGUUUUUUCUGGGGAUUAGAGGGAUUGAUGAAGGAAAAGCACCUAAUGGCCUGGGCAAUAGCAGGGUCUCAGUCAGUGUGCGUGUCCUUCCCUUUCCCCUGGUCCCCAGUGGUAUGUUGGGUGGACUGACUACAUUCAAGGAGCAGAUGCAUUUGUGGCUGUUGCAGCUCUUUCCAGGAGCUGAGCACUCGUGGUGGUGGUUUGCUUGGUUGAUUUGGUCCUUGGCUUCAGUGCUUUAUGGUGUAAGUCACCUGAGGUUUUGGUCUGCCGCUGUCAGCAGGAUUUCAUUUUCUUCUCUAAGAUGAUCUGUACCAGUAUACCAACGUGCUUAUUUCUUAAGCUCAGCCAGCUCUGCAGCUCUGGUCUGCAUAGAUCUUACCCGACAGUCUCAGCCUUACACCCCUGGGACUUUGUUUCUUCUCCCAAGAUAUACAUGUGGAUUUCUUGCUGACACUGCAUUCAUUCAUUCAAGUUAAUGAGGGCCUAUUAUGUGCCCAGGUAGUCUUCUAAACUAAGGAUAUAGUAGUGGACAAGGAGACAAAAUGCAUAUCCUCAUGGAGCUUGUAUCCUAGUGAACAGUAAGAAGGGAGUGGUUAGACUCUUUUCUCCUUGCAGUUAGACAGGAUCCUGAGAUAGUUUUGAGCAGUGGGUUGUGGGCAGAACUCUCCUCAGCUUAAGCGUUUAUUUUUUGGUGCAGGACUCUCUAAUGCUGUCUUUUCCUGCCUCAGUCAUAUAAGCACAUACAGAGAGAGGGGUCACAAGUCACAACAGUCUGGAAUGCCGAGCCCCCCACAUUGGGGAGGGGUAUCUGUUCCAGAGAGUCUCCCAGACCUAUAAUGGAUUUUGUAGGGAUAAGAAAUAAACUUUUGUUGCGUUAAAUCACUGCGAUGUUGAUGCUGUGUGUUUCUGCAGCAUAACCUGGCCUGUCUUGUUGGAAAUGCUAGAACAGAUCCAGCACUUGCUGGAUGACAUAUGUAACCCAGUAGAUGUUGAUAGUCUUCUUGAAAUAGGAGAGAUGUGAACCUUAGGAUGAAACUAACACCAUUGAAGGCAGAGCAGAGUGAUAAAUACUCAGGUUUUAGAGACACCUCUGAGCGGUAGGAUCAAGAAUCACCUGACACCUAGAAUUGACCAGGACUUUUUAGCGACAUAAAUCUAUACGUUUCCUCUUAUUGUUUAAACCAGUGUGAUUGGGGUUUCUGUUCAUUGUAACAGAAAUCAUUCUAAUACAUAGAACAAUACCUGAUUUAAGAUAAUAUAUUUAGGAGAGGAACAAUGUUCUUAUAUAUACCUAUUUAAAAGCUUUCAUUAUGGGGCUUUCCUGGUUGCGCAGUGGUUAAGAAUCCACCUGCCAACGCAGGGGACACGGCUUCAAGCCCUGGUCGGGGAAGAUCCCACAUGCCAUGGAGCAGCUAAGCCUGAGCGCCACAACUACUGAAGCCAACGUGCCUAGAGCCCGUGCUCCGCAACAAGAGAAGCUACCGCAAUGACAAGCCUGCACACCACAACAAAGAGUAGCCCCCACUCAGUGCAACUAGAGAAAGCCCACGCUCAGCAAUAAAGAGUAGCCCCCGCUCACCACAACUAGAGAAAGCCUGCGAGCAGCAAUGCAGCCAAACAUUAAUGAAUUAAUUAAUUUUAAAAAAACUUUCAUUACAGAAAUUAUCAACAUAUUUAAAGUAGAGAAAUUAAUAUGACAAACCCCUAUAUAGGCUUUAACAAUUUUGCCAACUUUUGUCAUUUAUCUCCUCCAGUUUUUUUUUUCUGCAUCUAUUGAGAUGAUCAUAUGGUUUUUAUUCAUCAAUUUGAUAAUAUGGUGUAUCACAUUGAUUGAUUUGCGUAUAUUGAACAAUCCUUGCAUCCCUGGGAUAAAUCCCACUUGAUCAUGGUGUAUGAUCCUUUCAAUGUGUUGUUGGAUUCUGUUUGCUAGUAUUUUGUUGAGGAUUUUUGCAUCUAUAUUCAUCAGUGAUAUUGGUCUGUAAUUUUCUUUUUUUGUAGUAUUUUUGUCUGGUUUUGGUAUCAGGGUGAUGGUGGCCUCAUAGAAUGAGUUAGGGAGUGUUCCUUCCUCUGCAAUUUUUUGGAGGAGUUUGAGAAGGAUGGGUGUUAGCUCUUCUCUAAAUGUUUGUUAGAAUUCACCUGUGAAGCCAUCUGGUCCUGGACUUUUGUUUGUUGGAAGAUUUUAAAUCACAGUUUCAAUUUCAUUACUUGUGAUUGGUCUGUUGAUAUUUUCUAUUUCUUCCUGGUUCAGUCUUGGAAGGUUAUACCUUUCUAAGAAUUUGUCCAUUUCUUCCAGGUUGUCCAUUUUAUUGGCAUAGAGUUGCUUGUAGUAGUCUCUUAGGAUGCUUUGUAUUUCUGUGGUGUCUGUUGUAACUUCUCCUUUUUCAUUUCUAAUUUUAAUGAUUUGAGUCCUCUCCCUCUUUUUCUUGAUGAGUCUGGCUAAUGGUUUAUCAAUUUUUUUUAUCUUCUCAAAGAACCAGCUUUUAGUUUUAUUGAUCUUUCCUGUUGUUUUCUUUGUUUCUAUUUCAUUUAUUUCUGCUCUGAUCUUCAUGAUUCCUUUCCUUCUGCUAACUUUUGGUUUUGUUUGUUCUUCUUUCUCUAUUUCCUUUAGGUGUAAGGUUAGAUUGUUUAUUUGAGAUUUUUCUUGUUUCUUGAAGUAGGCUUGUAUAGCUAUAAACUUCCCUCUUAGAACUGCUUAUGCUGCAUCCCAUAGGUUUUAGAUUGUCGUGUUUUCAUUGUCAUUUGUCUCUAGGUAUUUUUUUAUUUCCUCUUUGAUUUCUUCAGUGAUCUCUUGGUUAUUUAGUAACAUAUUGUUUAGCCUCCAUGUGUUUGUGUUUUUUACGUUUUUUUCCCUGUAAUUGAUUUCUAAUCUCAUAGCGCUGUGGUCAGAAAAGAUGCUUAAUAUGAUUUCAAUUUUCUUAAAUUUACUGAGGCCUGAUUUGUGACCCAAGAUGUGAUCUAUCCUGGAGAGUGUUCCGUGUGCGCUUGAGAAGAAAGUGUAAUCUGCUGUUUUUGGAUGGAAUGUCCUAUAAAUAUCAAUUAAAUCUGUCUGGUCUAUUGUGUCAUUUAAAGCUUCUGUUUCCGUAGUUAUUUUCAUUUUGGAUGAUCUGUCCAUUGGUGUAAGUGAGGUGUUAAAGUCCCCCAGUAUUACUGUGUUACUGUCGAUUUCCUCUUUUAUAGCUGUUAGUAGUUGCCUUAUGUAUUGAGGUGCUCCUGUGUUGGGUGCAUAUAUAUUUAUAAUUGUUGUAUCUUCUUCUUGGAUUGAUCCCUUGAUCAUUAUGUAGUGUCCUUCCUUGUCUCUUGUAACAUUCUUUAUUUUAAAGUCUAUUUUAUCUGAUAUGAGUAUUGCUACUCCAGCUUUCUUUUGAUUUCCAUUUGCAUGGAAUAUCUUUUUCCAUUCCCUCACUUUCAGUCUGUAUGUGUCCCUAGGUCUGAAGUGGGUCUCUUGUAGACAGCAUAUAUAUGGGUCUUGUUUUUCUAUCCAUUCAGCAAGCCUGUUUCUUUAGGUUGGAGCAUUUAAUCCAUACAUGUUUAAGGUAAUUAUCGAUAUGUAUGUUCCUAUCACCAUUUUCUUAAUUGUUGUGGGUUUGUUUUUGUAGGUCCUUUUCUUGUGUUUCCCACUUAGAGAAGUUGCUUUAGCAUUUGUUGUAGAGCUGGUUUGGUGGUGCUGAAUUCUCUUAGCUUUUGCUUGUCUGUAAAGGUUUUGAUUUCUCCAUCGAAUCUGAAUGAGAUCCUUGUCGGGUAGAGUAAUCUUGGUUGUAGGUUCUUCCCUUUCAUCACUUUAAGUAUAUCAUGCCACUGCCUUCUGGCUUGUAGAGUUUCUGCUGAGAAAUCAGCUGUUAACCUUAUGGGAGUUCCCUUGUAUGUUAUUUGUCGUUUUUCCCUUGCUGCUUUCAAUAAUUUUUCUUUGUCUUUAAUUUUUGCCAAUUUGAUUACUAUGUGUCUCAGUGUGUUUCUCCUUGGAUUUAUCCUUUAUGGGACUCUCUGCGCUUCCUGGACUUGGGUGGCUAUUUCCUUUCCCACGUUAGGGAAGUUUUCGACUAUAAUCUCUUCAAAUAUUUCCUCAGGUUCUUUCUCUCUCUCUUCUCCUUCUGGGACGCCUAUAAUGCGAAUGUUGCUGCGUUUAAUGUUGUCCCAGAGGUCUCUUAGGCUGUCUUCAUUUCUUUUCAGUCUUUUUUCUUUAUUUUGUUCCACAGCAGUGAAUUCCACCAUUCUGUCUUCCAGGUCACUUAUCCGUUCUUCUGCCUCAGUUAUUCUGCUAUUGAUUCCUUCUAGUGUAGUUUUCACUUCAGUUAUUGUAUUGUUCAUCUCUGUUUGUUUGUUCUUUAAUUCUUCUAGGUCUUUGUUAAACAUUUCUUGCAUCUUCUCGAUCUUUGCCUCCAUUCUUUUUCCGAGGUCCUGGAUCAUCUUCACUAUCAUUAUUCUGAAUUCUUUUUCUGGAAGGUUGCCUGUCUCCACUUCAUUUAGUUGUUUUUCUUGGGUUUUAUCUUGUUCCUUCAUCUGGUACAUAGCCCUCUGCCUUUUCAUCUUGUCUCUCUUUCUGAAUGUGGUUUUUGUUCCACAGGCUGCAGGAUUGUAGUUCUUCUUGCUUCUGCUGUCUGCCCUCUAAUGGAUGAGGCUAUCUGAGAGGCUUGCGUAAGUUUCCUGAUGGGAGGGACUCCAGUUUUUUGUUUUUUAUUUUGCUUGGGGAGAGUGGGUUGGUUGUUUUGGAAUAUUUAAAGCCAGUCUCAGACAUUAUGAAAUUUCAUGCAUAAAUAGUUUCAUUUAUAAGAGAUAAACAAUUCUUGACAGUCUCUGCCCUAAACCAUAUUUGAGAAAGAAUUCUCAAAGAAGAAUUCUCCCUCUUGUGGAGGCCUUCUCUCCACAAGAGGCAAGCUUAAUUGAGAACGUGGGAGCUUCCUUUCCCUCCCUCAGAGGGCAACCAGAACUUGACCAACGACUUCUCAAGGUGACUUUGUAAGAGGACCCUCUUGGUCUCCCCGCUGGGGUAUUCAUUUAUGAGAACAACAGGUAACCCAAAUGCCUCAUAAUGAGGGUGGUCCAGAAGGAAUACUAGAUGCCUGUAAUGAUCAGACCAACUUAUUAAUAAGCUGAAACUACAUGAUCAACUGCUAACUUUUAACAAGCAUCAGAGUGAUUCACGCGUUAAGAGUUCAUUGGCAGUAGUUAAUUGUUGGUUUUCUGGAAGCCACUGAAGAACAAAAUAAUAAUAGUAAGUACUCUCUAACAUGUUCAUAUACGACAUUUCCCCAGGAGCUCAAAAUACCCUCAUUUACCUACUUUCAUUGGUUUUCAUCUUUAUUUUUCUUGAAAUAAUGUGUAAAUGAAUACUAAAAAAUUAGAAUUUAUUGUAAUUCACUUCCCUCUAAGCAUUCCUGCUUGAUCAUAUUUCUUUUUGUUAGCAUUACCCAUCACAUUUAACUAACUGCUAAGAUGAAAAAUGAAGUGGAAAUUUAAUACUCCUUUUCUAUUUCCUUUCUCAUUUGGCACCAUACUUCCUCUUUAUGAGGAAUUUUCUCUUCUUUUUCUUGGUUGGUGUCCACCCCUUACCUUGAUCCUCUUCUGGUGUUAUUCUAAGGUAAUUAUUCUGUGCUUCAAUACCUAGUGCUCUAAUAGUCUAGAAGUGUGGUAUAACCUGCUUUGAAAGAUCCCUUUAUGGCCAAUUUAACUUACCAUACUUUAUCAUUUAUAAAUAUCGACUUAAUCAACAAAGGAUAUUUGCAACCAGUAUUCCUGGUGCCAUAAACUAGUGUUUAUCACCUGCAGUUCCCAAAUUGACACAUUAGCCUGCUGCCAAAAACUGGUUCCGUCUUUAUCUCUACCUGCGGAUGUUUGCUUCCUAAAACUUUUGGAGAGAUAUGCGCUGGGAAUGUUCAUUUAUUCAUUCAACAUUGGGCAAAUGUUUAUUGGGCACUUUCUACGUGCCAGGCAUUGUUUUAGGUGCUGAGAUUUUCACUUAGCCUUUUUGCUUCUAAAGAAUGCUGGGGUGAGGGGGAGGAACCUUCCCUCGUGGCCCAGUGGUUAGGACGCCACACUUCCACUGAAGGGGGGCACAGGGUUCCAUCCCUGGUCGGGGAUUCCCACAAACUGCGCGGCACAUCCAAACCUAAAUAAAUAAAUAAAUAAAGCUGGACUGAGGAUGAAGUGGGCAUUCUCUAGGCUCCUGUACAUCGUUUAAACAAUUUGUAUAUUUUUGUUAUUCAUUUGUUGGGCAGUUUGGCUUUCCAUGGUCAGUUUCCCACUCCAUCUUAUCUUUUUUUUUAAUAUAAAUUUAUUUUAUUUUAUUUUAUUUUUGGCUGCACUGGGUCUUCGUUGCUGCACGCAGGCUUCCUCUAGUGUGGUGAGCGGGGGCUACUCUUCGCUGCCGUGCACGGGCUUCUCAUUGGGGUGUCUUCUCUUGUUGCGGAGCACAGGCUCUAGGCGUGUGGGCUUCAGUAGUUGUGGCACGUGGGCUCAGUAGUUGUGGUUUGCAGGCUCUACAGCGCAGGCUCAGUAGUUGUGGUGCACGGGCUUAGGUGCUCUGCGGCAUGUGGGAUCUUCCCGGACCAGAGUUUGAACCCGUGUCCUCUGAAUUGGCAGGCAGAUUCUUAAUCACUGCAUCCCCAGGUAAGUCCUAGAUACAUUCUCAGUAAGACAUUGAGACACAAAGCAAACUCCUAUGAAAAUUUAGGCACUUUAGUAUAUAAGCAAUUAUAUCCUAUUUGCCAAAAGAGUUUUGUUUGUUUGUUUGUUUUUUUGGCUGUGUCACGUGACAUGUGGGAUCUUAGGUCCCUGAACAGGGAUCAAACCUGUGCCUCCUGCAGGGUACGCGUGGAGUCAACCACUGGACCACCAGGGAACUUCCAAAAGGGGUUUUUUUUUUUUUUGGCUGCCUUGGGUAUUCGUUGCUGUGCGUGGGCUCUCUCUAGGUGCAGUGAGCGAGGGGCUACUCUUCAUUGUGGUGCACAGGUUUCUCAUUGCAGUGGCUUCUCUUGUUGUGGAGCAUGGGCUCUAGGCGCAUGGGCUUCAGUAGUUGCAGCACGUGGGCUCUAGAGCUCAGGCUCUGUAGUUGUGAAACACGGGCUUAGUUGCUCCACAGCAUGUGGGAUCUUCCUGGACCAGGGCUUGACCCUGUGUCCUCUGCAUUGGCAGGCGGAUUCUUAACCACUGCACCACCAGGGAAGUCGCAGCGUUUUUUUUUUUCAAGCCUGUUUCAAAUUUUUAUAACCAUCAACCCCAAAACGAUCAGCAACUUCAUUUCAGCAUUACUUGGGGACUUCCCUGUUGGCGCAGUGGUUAAGAAUCCACCUGCCAAUACAGGAGACAUGGGUUGGAUCCCU